GACCACACGGUAUUCUCGACAUCACAUAUCGUUUGUCGCCCCCCUCCUACUUUAUCAAAAAGUUCAAGAGCUCUUUGGAUUGCAGCCAUUGCCUACCGACAAAGAGGGAGCCCCUCGGGAGGACACAUGCUGCUGACCUCUUCGUGGACCGGCCUUUACCCAAAUCAUCAAUCAAAUUCGUCAUAAAUUUCAGCAAUGGCCUCGCUCUACCGCCUGGCCGGUCGGGGCGCCUCGAAGCGUCUCUGCCUCCGACCAGCAACCUCCUCCCAGAUUCCCAUCUCAGCCUCGUGCUCCUCGGCUGCUUCAACAAUAAGAUCCCUGUCCUCGACCACCCGCCGCCGAUAUGCCACGACUCCGGACCCGGCCGAGCUCAUAAAGGCUCAGGCGACGCGGCUGGUGCCCGUGGACUCGGACUUUUCGAACCCGGUCGACCCCUACUUCGUGACGAACCGCAAGGACGACAUUGAGGCAAAUGAGCCGGGCGUCGCUGAGCGCAAGAUCCGCCACUACACGGUCAACUUUGGUCCCCAGCAUCCAGCCGCGCACGGUGUGUUGCGUCUGAUUCUCGAGCUGAGCGGAGAGGAGAUUGUUCGUGCCGACCCGCACGUCGGUCUGCUGCACCGUGGUACCGAGAAGCUCUGCGAGUACAAGACGUACCUCCAGGCCCUUCCGUACUUUGACCGUCUCGACUACGUCUCCAUGAUGACCAACGAGCAGUGCUUCGCGCUGGCCGUUGAGAAGCUGCUCAACAUUGAGAUUCCCGAGCGCGCCAAGUACAUCCGGACCAUGUUUGGCGAGAUCACCCGUGUUCUCAACCACUUGAUGUCGGUCCUCUCCCACGCCAUGGACGUUGGUGCUCUUACUCCCUUCCUGUGGGGCUUCGAGGAGAGAGAAAAGCUCAUGGAGUUUUACGAGCGUGUCUCUGGUGCCCGUCUCCACGCGGCGUACGUAAGGCCAGGUGGUGUCCAUCAGGACAUCCCGGCCGGUCUACUUGAUGACAUUUACCAAUGGGCUACCCAGUUCGGCGACCGCAUCGACGAGACCGAGGAGAUGCUUACAGACAACCGUAUCUGGAUCAACCGUCUCCAGGGCGUCGGUGUCGUCUCAGCCAAGGAGGCUCUGGACCUUUCCUUCACCGGUGUGAUGCUCCGUGGUUCGGGUGUUCCUUGGGACAUCCGCAAGAGCUCGCCUUACGACGCCUACGACAAGGUCGAGUUCGACAUCCCCGUCGGUCUCAACGGCGACUGCUACGACCGUUACCUGUGCCGUAUGGAGGAGUUCCGCCAGUCGCUGCGCAUCAUCCAUCAGUGCCUGAACCAGAUGCCGGCCGGCCCCGUGCGCGUUGAGGACUACAAGGUCUCGCCGCCGCCCCGCGCCGCCAUGAAGGAGAACAUGGAGGCCCUGAUCCACCACUUCCUUCUGUACACCAAGGGUUACGCCGUGCCGCCCGGAGACACUUACUCGGUAAUCGAGGCCCCCAAGGGUGAGAUGGGUGUCUACGUCGUGAGUGACGGCAGCGAGCGCCCUUACCGUGUCCACAUCAGGGCACCCGGUUUCGCCCACUUGGCUGGUUUUGACCACGUUUGCAAGGGUCACUUGCUUGCCGAUGCCGUCGCCGUCAUUGGAACAAUGGAUCUUGUGUUUGGUGAAGUUGAUCGGUAAAGACAGAUAUCAAGUCAGUUAAGAUUUGAAAAAAUAUGGGAUAGAGUCUAUGGAAGGGGGUGUGUGGGAGGGAAUUCUGCAGAUGAAAAGAGAUUUUUCAUGGAGAAUAGGUGAAUAACUGCGCAAUACUAGGUGCUGAAACGAUGGAAAAAGCAGAAAAAGCAUCGAUAAUAUGGUGUCUUGUUUUUUUCUUGUUUGUUAUCUUUCCUCCAACAAAUUUUCCACCUUUUAGAGCAAGGCGAGAAGAAGAGAAGAAGAGCUUGUUGUUAUUUUUCUUUUCAUAUGUUGUAUCAUAGUAAGCAUCGAAGGAAGAGCAACGCGCAAACAUUUCUUUUUUGGUUCAGAAACAAGAUGGGCAGAACAUAUGAGAGAAAAAAGACAGCACAGGCUUUGAUGAAGCGAAAGGUUUCUAUCUCCUGAGGUAUGUGUCUUUUUUUUGUCAAUUGCUGGCUGG